GUUGUUGUUGAUACCUCUAGUUCUCUUGAAGGUCGUUUCAGCCUCAUUAAAAGAAAACUCCGCCAGCUGCUACGAGAGCAGAUCCUACACAAAACGUCUUUCAAUCUUAUCCAGUUCAGCACGGAUGUCAUCAAGUGGAGGGACCAUCUCGUCCCGACCACACCCCAAAACAUAUCGGCAGCACGAGAGUGGAUAGAUGGGAUGGGCGUGUCAGGUAGUACUAAUACCCUGGAGGCUCUGCAGGAAGCAUUGAGUAUCAGUGGAGCUGAGGCUGUUUAUUUCCUCACUGAUGGAAGGCCUGACCAGCCACCAGAUCUAAUCUUGUCUCAGAUACAGCAGUUGAGGCGUAUUCCCAUCCACUCCAUAUCAUUCAACUGUGCUGACAGUAAAGCCAACCAGUUCUUAUUUCGAUUGGCAUCAGUCACUGGAGGAAGGUAUCACUAUUAUUCUGAGGAUAUUACUGAUCCCAAGGGUCCAGUAACCCACCAGAGUGAUGACCUUCAGUUGCUAAGCGACGAGAUUAGCCACGCCCAUGAUCAGUUGACCCAAGCACAGCAGCUGAGGGAAGCUUGCAACAGAUUAAAGCAUCCUGGCCACAGAUAUACUUAUCCUAUCCCAAGGAGGAAGAAACCAAAAAGAUUGUAA